AUGGCCGAUGAUGGAGUGAAUCCGAAGGCCUAUCCACUCGCAGAUACUCAGCUGUCUCAGAAACUUCUGGAUCUUGUUCAACAGGCUAUGAAUUAUAAGCAGUUAAAGAAAGGCGCGAAUGAAGCCACUAAGACUCUGAAUAGAGGCAUUGCCGAGGUAAUCAUUAUGGCAGCAGACGCGGAACCUCUGGAGAUCAUUCUGCACCUUCCCCUACUUUGCGAAGACAAGAAUGUCCCCUACGUUUUUGUUCGAAGCAAAGCUGCUCUUGGGCGUGCAUGCGGCGUUACUCGACCAGUUAUUGCUGUAUCGAUCACACAGAAUGAAGGAUCUCAGCUCAAAUCUCAAAUUCAAAAACUAAAAGAAGAUGUGGAAAAACUUCUUAUUUGA